CGAGCGAGCGACUUGACGGAGAGGAGCCCGUGCCGCCAGGUCCGUGAGCCGUGUGCCCUACCCCGCCCGCACCACGUCGCCCAGCUGCAGCCGCAGCCCCUCGCCUGCUGCGCAGCGGGCCGCUAGCACGCCGAUCAAGGGCUGCCCGCCGGGCGCGCCAGGCGCCGCCAUGGCCAACGCGGGGCAGCAGUACUGCCUGCGAUGGAACAACCACCGCUCCAACCUGCUCACCGUGUUCGACCAGCUGCUGCAGUCCGAGGCCUUCACCGACGUGACGCUCGCCUGCGAGGGCGGCGUCUCCAUCAAGUGCCACAAGAUGGUGCUGGCCGCUUGCUCGGCCUACUUUGCCGCGCUCUUCUCCGAGCUGCCCUGCAAGCACCCCGUGGUCGUGCUCAAGGACGUCAAGUACGCCGACAUGAAGGCCAUCCUGGAGUACAUGUACCGCGGGGAGGUGAAUGUCGAGCAGCAGCAGCUCACCGCCCUCAUCCGGGUCGCGGAGACGCUCAAGGUGAAGGGCCUUGUUGAAGAGAACGGCCACCACUCAUCCGGAUGCGCGCCAGAGGACUACAAGCACCACAACAACAACACCAUCAGCAACCCCAAGGAGGACCUGGUACCCUCGUCGGCGCCGUCACCGCCCUCGUCCAUCACCACCUCGACGGGCCUCGGGCCGUCCAGCCCGCCGCACAGCACCUACAACAAGUACCCCUACAAGUCGCCGUCCUCGGACCGCGAGCGCGAGAGGGACCGCGACCGGGAGAGGGCGCGCCUGCCGCUGCCGCUGUGGGCCAUGCCGGGGGUGCCCUUGGCGACCUCGCCGCUGCAGCCGCAAUCGUCGCUGCUGGCCGCCGCCUACGAGUCGGGAGACAUGUCCCCGCUGCAGCGGAAGAAGCUGUCCUCGCUACUGCUCCACUCGAGGGACACGCCCAUCCUGAGGACGGUCCUGGGGCAGGCGCAGGGCUCGGAGGGCGCCGCCGGCAACGUCCCGGGCUCCACGGCCUCGCGGGCGAGCUCUGGCUCGGGCGCAGGUGCGGCGCAGGGGCAGGCGGACUCCUCGCAGCCCGUCUCCCUGGUGUGCCACCCCGACUCCCACGACUCUAGGCCCGGCUCCCAUUCCCAUUCCAACGGCUUCAUGUACGACUUCGAAAAGGUGAAACAAGAAGGCAACGAAGGCUCUCCCUCACCGUAUACCGACAUCUCGAUGAAUGAAGAAGAACUCGAAAAAUCACGAAUGAUGAUUCCUUCCUCAUCGCCCCUGAGUGCUGCUGAUAUGCGCGGCGUGUCAUCCAACAUCGUGCCGUACGUCCAGCAGCAGAAGCCCGAGUGGAAGCGCUACAAGCAGUACACCCGCAACGACAUCGAGUGCGCCAUCGAGGCGGUGCGCUCCGGCAUGUCGGCGCUCAAGGCGGCGCGCAAGUUCGGCGUGCCGUCGCGCACCCUGUACGACAAGGUGAAGAAGCGCGGCAUCGUCACCAACCGACCCAUCAAGCGCGCUUCCAACGGCGGCAACGGCGCGGCCAGCGGCAGCAACGUCAGCGCCAACGGCAACGGCGAGGCCUCCAACGGCGCGUCCUCAAACGGCGUGGCGUUCCCCUUCGGACUGAGCGGCGCGCCGGUGCAGGGCUGGAUGGCGCACAACAUGGAGGAGCCUGAGAACAGCAGCAUGCCGGCGCAGGGGCUGGUGGAGCACUGGAUGGUCAAGGCGGAGAUGGAGCGGGACGCGAUCGUGGCCAUGGCCUCGGCCCAGGCGGCGCACGCGCUCAGCAUCAACUCUGCCAGCUCGUCCAGCCCUCCUGAAGACCGGGAUCGGGACCGCGACAGGGAUCGCUCGCCCGAGGCCAGGUCGCCGUCACCCAGCGCCAAGCCUGCCCCGCGCUACCCUCCGCACCUCGCCGGCGCCCUAGGCCUCGGCCAGCUCGGCCAGCUCGGGCACGCCCUCAGCGCCCUGGGCGCCCAGGUGCCGCCCGCCGCCAGGAGCGAGUCCCCACCGCCGCAGCGCGAGCGCGACGCCUCCUCACCGCCCAUGGACGUGGACGGCUACCAGGACCAGGUGGAGGACCUGUCGGUGGCCAGAACCACGUCGUCGUCAGAGGAGAUGUCGCCGCCCAGCAGCGCAGCGGCCCACGCCGCCGCCGCACCGCACGCCUCCAGGGUCAUCGUGAGCAUGCAGGCCGCGCGCCAGGAGGAAGAGCGGGAGCGGGAGCGGGAAAGAGAGAGGGACUUGGAUCGCGGACUGGAGAUUCGGGGCCCGGCGCCCAUCAUAGCCAUGGAUGAGACGCGCGGCAGUCCCAUGGAAGUCGGUGGAGAGCGAGACUGAAACCGGGGAAGUACCUCCCUCCCCCGACCCCCGCCCGCGCCCUGAGGCGCGUGGCGAUGCAGCCCCAGGACAUAAAGUGCAAUAGCCUCCCUCCCUCAUCUCGGACAGAAGCACUCACGCAACGAUAAGACUGAGGACAUAAUUCAAAUCCGCUGUGCUGCCAACUUCGCCUCUAGGGAAUUAUAACUAAUAUUACUGUAUUCUUAUUUUCUAAGAAAAAAAAUGUGGGGGUGGUUGGCAGCACGGCAGCUGGCCGGAACAAGACUGAAAGUGCGAACGUCUACAUGCGAGUGAGCGAGAGAGAGCGAGUGUGAGUGCGUGUGAAAGUGUGUGAUUGAAAAUUCAGAGUGAAUGUGUGUGUGUGAUAAAUAUGUGUCUUUAAAAAGAUGUACAUACCUUUAUUGUUA